ACUUAUCUUCGGAUAGAGACGUAGUCCCAUUGCAAGGCAAUAAUAAUUCAUCAUGUGAUAUAAAAACCGUUUCCCAGGGAAACGAUCAGCAAAAAAUUGAUAACUUAUCUUUGGAUAGAGACGUAGUCCCAUUGCAAGGCAAUAAUGAUUCAUCAUGUGGUAUAAAAAACAUUUCCCAGGGAAACGAUCAGCAAAAAACAACUACAAAUACUUCUUUACCAGUGGAGAAUUUUGACGAUUCUGAUGAAAUUGAGCUUACUAAAAAUCAAAAUAUAGAAUUAGAUUUAAUACAAGAUUUACAGAAUGGUAUACUUAUUGUUACACCUGAUCCUAUAGAAACACCUCCUGAAGAUAUCGUAGAUAAUGGGCAGAGCCCAGAUUCUUUGAGUCAUGAAAAAUCAUCAUCUAAAAUCACAACACAAAACUUAAUCAAUUUGUUUAGAAAAGCUAUACGAUUUGGACAUGAAGAAAUUUUAUCCUGGAUUCACUAUUCAGAUAAUUUUGAGAAUAAAGUUAUCGAAAUUUGA